AGGGAGUACAAAAAAACUCCGUACGAAUGUACGUCGUAUACGGAGUAUAUGUUACAGAAAACGUGCAGUCUCGCCGCCGGACAACUGGCGAACAGUAUAUAGAAAACGAAGAUCGCUUUAUGCUUUUUGGACAGUACAAAUAAAAAGUUAUGCAAUUUAUUUUUAAUACUGCGUAUUAUUCUUAGGAGAAGCACCGGUGAGUUUGAAUUUCUGUAAUCACACGCACCAGAAUCAGCCGAUGAGGCCUAAACCGUUUUCUUUUUUAAUUUCCGUUAUUUGUGACAUCAUACGGAGAUCAGCAAAGCUUAAAACUAUCAAUACUGCAACGGCAUAGUGAGUGUGAGGAAGAAGGAAAAAAGAUUUCUUUUUUCUGAACCCCACCACUCCCUUUCAUUUACCCCCUCACAUAAACCCUAACUAAGUUCUCUUUAUUCCUUUCUAGCUUCUCAAUCAGGGAGAGUCUUGUCAAGUGUAAACAAAUUCAUCUGCAUGAUUGUGCAUGGAUUUGGAAGAUAGAUGUCAUCCCAAUGGUUAGAUCAUCCGUUUUUUUUUGGGGUUGCAUAUAUUUCUCUUGAUGUGACCUGGGAUCUGGCGAGCUGCUCUUGCUUCUUCAUUGAAAUAAAUAAAUUGGAAUAAAGCUGUAGUAGUGACAUUACUCCAGUUUUCGGUCUUCCAGAUUGCUCCUUCAGGUCCUUUGAGCAGCCAUGUGACUAAGCAGGGUAGCCUUAACUGAUCUUCGCCUUGCAUAUGCAAUCUAUGACCAGAAACGGAAAGACACUUAAGAUUAUGUAUCUAUCUACAGAGUACAAAGUCAUGAUACAAGUCAUGCACACUCUUCAUAGAGUGUCCACUCAGCAGUCUUUGCAUAAGAUACUCAAAAACAAAAGCAAAGGAAGUUGGAACUUGAAGUGAUCCAGUAAGAAGUCCAUUAUCACUAAAAGUUUCAAUUCAAGUCCAAGAAUGUCUGAACAACCCUCAAAGUUGAGCAAGAAAUUGCAGAAUACUCAGGAGCCAAAUACAUCAUCCCCUAGCUCAAGGGAACAUCUAUCAAGAAAGCACCAAAGGAAGGGGGGGAAUCCUCUCCGAAUAUCACCACCAACCAACCAGUCUGUAAAUUUUAAACUCCCUCAAUCAUGGAUCUGCAGGAAUUCUGCAUGUCAAGCAAGUAUAUCAAUGGAUGAGAAAUUUUGUAAGAGGUGCUCUUGCUGUAUUUGCCAUUUGUUUGAUGAUAACAAGGAUCCAAGUCUUUGGUUGGAAUGCAUGCGAGUCCCUGGUGAUGGAAAGUCAUGCGGCUUAACUUGCCACAUUGAGUGUGCCUUCAAACAAGGGAAGGUGGGGGUUGUGAAUCUUGGACAGCUAAUGCAGCUUGAUGGGAGCUACUGUUGUGCUUCUUGUGGUAAUGUUUCUGAUAUAUUAGGUAUUUGGAAGAAGCAUCUUUCCAUUGCAAAAGAUGCUCGUCGUGUGGAUAUCCUCUGCUUUAGACUAUAUUUGAGUUACAGGCUCCUGGAUGGGACUUCCAGAUUUCAAGAAUUGCAUGGUAUUGUUAAAGAAGCUAAGGAAAGACUAGAAAAAGAGGUGGGCCCUGUAAAUGGAAUUUCAUCCAUGAUGGCACGUGGCAUUGUUAGUAGACUUUCUGUUUCAGGUGAUGUGCAAUCUCUUUGCUCUCUUGCCAUUGCAAAAGCUGAUGUUUGGCUAGCCAAAAAGCAUACUGCUGUACCUAACUACAAAGGGUGCUUACUCCCAACAGCCUGCAAAAUCCUUUUUGAAGAAGUGACACUGUCUUCAGUUGUAAUUGUAUUGUUAGACCCAUUGGCUGCAUCAUCAGUAGAAGUCAGAGGGUACAAAAUCUGGUACUGUAGGGCUGGAUUAGAGACUUGCCUCAACGAACCUAAUUGUGUCAUUCCGAAAAGCCAGACAAGCAUUUUGAUAUCUAACUUGCAGCCUUCCACCGAGUACACCUUUAGGAUUGUGUCUUAUACAGCGUCUGGUGACUUGGGACACACCGAGGCAAAUUGUUUCACAAAGUGUGUAGCACAAGACCACAAUAACCCUUCUGCCCAGCUUGACUUAAACGUUGCAUUAAUCCCCGAUUUGAAUGAAGAGUUGAGUCAGUUAAUAACCACUGUGUCCUCUCGGGAUGAACCAACUGUCGAUCUAGUAGAAGAUGCUAUCUCCAAGGACAAUGUCGGGAACUGCAUUGCUCAGUCACAUGAUUGGGCCCACACACAGAAUGGGGAUGUGACAGCUGUCGACUCUCAAUUGGUGGGAGGGAGUAGGAAAAGGACGGCUAGCACCACCUGUGAGGCACAGGACUCAGACAGUGGUCUGGUAAGCAGUGGAUCGCCAGUCCAAGUACUCCCCAGCAACAAUAAUUCAGGCCUGCUGGACGAGAACUUUGAGCAUUGUGUGAAAACAGUUCGCUGGCUUGAAUGUGAGGGUCACAUCAAGAAUGAGUUCAGGUUAAAGUUUCUUUCUUGGUUUAGCUUGAGAUCCACGGAGCGGGAGCGUAGGGUUGUCAAUACCUAUAUAAAGACUCUUAUUGAUGAUCCGAGUAGCCUAGCUGGACAGUUAGUACACUCUUUUUCAGAAAUCAUUUCCAGCAAAAGGCCGAACCGAGGUUUCUGCGGCAGGCUCUGGCAUUAAGUCGGUCGUAAUUACAUUGAUGAUUGAAUUGCCAGUUUUCCGUGCAACAAGUGUGCGUCAUUCAUUCAUUCAUAUAGUACAUGUUGGUCGAGAUAAAAAAAAAAACAAGGGAUUGUUAGGUACAUGGCUUUCUCCAAAUGGAAAACUUUAGAUGGGGGGAGUUAUACCUUAGUAUUGUUUUAUUGUUUUCAAACGAAUUAAUUACUGCUUUUGUAGCAGAGAAAGCUGUUUCAUUUAUUUAACAAUGUGGACACAUGUUUUGUCAUUUUGGCUGAUUAAUUUGCCUGCAUCGUAUAACGUUGAGGCAAAUGUGCCCUUACCUUAAAUCAAAGUAACACCGUUCUUUUUCUUGACAAU